AUGCCUGCCGAGUCCGACCUAAAACCUCUACGCAUCGUUAUAGCGCGCGAUAAAGCUGGUGUAGCUUAUAAAUAUGCUAUCAAAGCUAUUUUAGAGAAGAAUUACCUCGUUGAGUCUAUAGUUGACGUCGGUGUCGACUCCGCUUCUGACAUGACUGCCUACCCUCAUACAGCAGAUGGUAAAGCAGACCGUGGUCUUUUCUUCUGUGGCACCGGUCUUGGUGUUGCUAUCGCCGCCAAUAAAGUCCCUGGAAUUCGGGCUGUCACUGCCCAUGAUCCAUUUUCUGUUGAGCGCUCAAUUCUGAGCAGUAAUGCCCAAAUCCUCUGUAUGGGCCAACGAGUCAUUUGUAUUGAGUCGGCGAAGAAGCUUGUUAUUGACUGGCUCGACUACCGCUUUGACUCUACGAGUGGCUCUGCUGCUAAGGUGCAGGCUAUCUGUGACUGUGAGGCUCAAUUCUCUCUGAUUGCCUAA